AUGAAAAGAGGUGGUGGUCUUCUUCUGGUCAGUAUUGCACUAUGUUGGUUAACGUGCUUAGCUGCACCCGCGACGGAAUUUUCUGGAGAUCCUGGUUUGCAACACUUCGUUUGGAAAAAUAAGCAGUUUGUCUCCAGGAUAAAGAGUGAUAUCGUUGCACUGAAUGAGCUUGUGCGUAAAGCAUUCAGCCUUGGCAAUGAUAGAGAACUGAUGAUGAUGCAGAAAAUCCUGGGCAUUGAGCAAGUUGAUGUUUCCCAUUGCCCACAGGACCUCUGUGACAUGGAAGGAUGCUUCAAUCAGAUACGGGCAGGCCUCCAAACCUACUCUGGCUAUCUCUCAUAUGUUAGCCAAAUCCUAACAACUUACACUGACCAAGUAGCUAAUAUUCAAGUGGAUGUUUCCAACUUGUCCACCAACAUUCAACAGCAGAUGGAAGAAAGCAGCCUGACCAGCGUUGUCUAUCCACAGGCAGAAAAUGAGCCUAAAUUUGUGAAAAUUCAAAGAGAAGUUGGAAGCUACCUGGUCCUCCGCAGUCUCCAGAAAUUUAUGGAUAGAAUUUUCCGGGCCCUGAGGCACUGUGGUUCAUGAGAGGAAUCUAUGGAGAAUUCUCCCCAAAGACUUUGAAGCUGAAAUAAUUCUGUCCACAAAAGGAAGCCCUAAGACUUGCUUUUACCUGACAGGACUGCUUUGACUGGUAGAAUUCCAGCUUCUGUCUUUGUUUUUAAUUUAUUUUAAAUUUUUAUAAACCAUUUUUUACUGAAAGUAGCGGACAAUGAACUAAUCCAAAUAAAUUCAGCUCUAAGUAAGGGAAAUAUUAGCUGGGUUUGUACAACAUGCUAGAUUAGACUAAAAUGGGGUCAGGUUGCUUGAGAGUCAGCAUGUUGUGAAAACCCAGCCAUUGUCUUAUAUUGUGAACACUGCCAUCCUGUUGAGUUGUAGUAUGUUUUAAAACUGGCUGUUUUAAGUGUUUACAGAAUAGCAUUAACUUCAAAUGACUAUUGGUAUGAUAUUGAGAGAAGAGCAUCUUACAUGUCAUGGUAGUUUGGAGAUGGGAAAACUUGCCUUCAGAAUCUUUCACCACCUGAGAGGCUGCUACAGUUAAAACUUUAGUUGUUUACAAAUGAUAGCAAUUAAGGUGUAAGAAAAAUGGAAAUAUUUAUUUUCAAAUGUCUUAAAUACUUUGUAAUGUAACAGCUUUGGGCAAGAUGGUUCAGAAAUGUACUCUUCCUGGGAUGGCAAGUUCCCAAUUACCUCACGCCCCUCUUUCUCUCUCUGAUGAAAUAUCACUGUGGUCAGUUUUUAAUAGAUUGUUAAUGAGUUUCUUUUAAUUUAUUAGCUUAUUUAAUAUUUAUAGUGUCAGAGUUUUGAAUCUUGAAUCUGGACUUCAGUACUAGAUAUUUAUUUAAUAUUUAUACCAAUGCUGUCAGAUUAAUAGAAAACAGUUGCUUAGGUUUCAGCCAUUCUUACGUUUACAGUUUGCAGUGCUUAUAGCCUUGUGUGGCAUGUAUGUUGAGGUACAUACAGUGUUAAACUACUGUUUAAUAUUUAAACAUAAGAGUACUAGUUGGUAGUAGCUAGACCAAACUACGGGACGAAACAAAAGGGAAGUUUCCAAUUCCUGUCUUUAUUAGUGUUCGGGGCAAAUGGUACAGUCCAGGCAUACAGUACAUUUUUACAGAUG